CGUGGCCUGUCGUGGCCUACUAAUGGUUGCGGAAGUGCCCGUGAAUGACUCGGGAGAGGCCACUUCCACCUAUGUACCUGACUUCACAUACCUAUACCAUACACAUACCAUACAUUCCUCCUACCUCAUCGUCACUGAGGUGAUUGCGCUAUGCGCUCCAAGACCUACCUAUCCCGUCCCCACCAUUGGCAAUACCGAGAUCUUCAGUUCUCCCUCUAGCUAUAGGACGGCUUCGACACAGGCGGCCCAUAUGCCAGCCGCAGCUGUUUGCGCGUUCCGCAUCCUUAGUGGCUUGGUGUUCCUGCUGCGAACCUGAUGCUGACGAGUCCACAAAAGGAACGCUCCUUCAUCUUUGCACUGCCAAGAAGCUGAGGUUGGUUCAAUGUUAAGGUAGGUAUAGGUAGGUUCGUCUCUCAUAUCUUCUCUUCCCAGUGAGAAGGAACUUUCUGGUUAGUCCCAUUGUCACUUGUUCAUCAAGAAAAGAAUCAAAAUCCAGUGAUACCUGGGUCUUGGGCUCAUAAUUGCACAACGCUCCAAGAAAGGCGGGAACAGAGUGCCAUGAUGUUCUCCAAAUCACUCCAACCCAUGCUCUGCGUUGCAGCGACCCUUGGCGCACAUAACAGUCCUUUUCUUCGCGACGCCACUACAGGCUUCUCAACUUCUGGCAACCAAUUCUACAACACGACGACGCAAUUGGCUGCUGGUGUCAGGCUGGUGACGGCGCAAAUACAUCAUCCCAACGAUACAUCAAGCGCCCUCCAUGUAUGCCACGCGGACUGCGCCUUGCUCGAUGCUGGAACCUUGGAGAGCUGGUUAGCAGAGAUCAAGACGUGGAUGGACGCCAACACCAACGAUGUGGUGACGAUUUUGAUCGUGAACGGCGCCGGAGCUACUGCUGGCGAAAUCAGUGCAGCAUAUGUCUCCUCUGGCAUGCUACCAUAUGCAUAUAGUCCGACAAACGAAUCUGCGAAUAGUGACUGGCCCACCCUGAUGAACGAGUUCACAUACAUUUUCGAAAAUGACUACGACAACUCUUCGCCAACGGACUUUUCAUGCGAGGUCAAUCGCCCGACACACCUGGCCAAUCAGACUGCGACAGCGAUAUCCCAGGGAUACAUGGGCCUCGUAAACCACUUCUUAUACGAGAACCAGCUUUUCGGUAUGGCUGAGUGACGAAGACUUCUGCUCCGCGUCUUGCAUCCUGACUACGUACUGACAUUAUCUAGGGAUCCAAUCGCCAAACGAGACUUACUCACCGGUCACAAACUCUCCGUCAAACGGUGUCGGCACACUUGGCUCUGCAGCAGCAGGUUGCACUGCUCUAUAUGGUAAAGCACCCACCUUUCUCAUGGUGGACUUUUUCAACGUUGGCCCAGCGAUCGAGGUGGCAGAUUCUCUCAAUGGGAUUACAGCCACCGGCCGAGCGACUGUACCGACGACGAGAUUGAGUGAGACUUCGGAGGGAGUGAUGGCAAGGCCGAGCAUAUCGACAGUGUACUUGGGCCUCAGUUUGGCCCUGCUUGGAUUCGCUUUGUUGUGAGACAGUGAUUCGUCUCAUGUAACGUUUUGAUGAGUGGUACGACUUGUGAUUGAGGUUCGGAAAAGCGGUCGAGUGGAUAAAUGAUGAAUCCAGAGUGCUGUGAGCACGUGCGAAGAAUCGCAUGGCAUGUGAGAGCUUGUGCUUGGCGCUGUAACAGACCGCCAUAUGGCAUUAGCAGUCGAGCGUACACAUUGUUGCACACGACACGAGCCCGAAUACUUCAGGUGCAGGCCAUUGUGUUGGAAGUAUCACACGAGAUUGCACAAAGGUUGGAGUCCAACGCGGCUCGUCGUUCCUUGGGUGUCCUAUGAAGUCCAGAGUAAGGCUCCAGGGUCCGGUAGCACCUGUCACUCGAGCAACUUCUCUCAUAUAGACAUCUGCGGAUGAUAUGAGGACGACGUGCCGGCGAUGGCUCAUUGGAUCCCUCAUUCUCCCAAGGUUGCGCCUUGCUUGCUUGCGCUCCCUCAAUGACAAGGCGUGACGUGGGACAAAUGCUGGAAGGGAGGUGGUGUGGUGUCGCUGUUGUCUCACAAGGAACCUGGUACGUACGAGCAUCCAGUGCCGCGAUGGUGGGAAUGCUGCAUUGCUGCGAACCAGUCGGGUAGAGAAAGAAUGUUGUUUCCUGGUCCUUGGGCUAUCCCUCUCUUCCAGGUUGUCACAAGAUCAACCCCAUCCGAACCAAGAUGGCAGAACCCAUGUGUCGCGAACCGUACGUGCAUCGUGGUUGCAGUUGCAUUGCAUGGCGCCAAGUGGAGUAUAUAUUAACGCUGUUUUCGUGCCCCAGCGCCGGUCUUGCGCGAAAGGAGAAAACGCACAAUCGGGCACUUUGUCGCGACAUGCGUUGCGUCUCCCCCGGCCGUCCUUUCUCUGCUGCUGCUGCUGCUGCUGCCCCAGCCCGGGAAGUCGCAGCAAAAGCUGGUUGCAGCAGCAGAGCUGUAUUGCAUCGUACAUGACGUGCAAUAUAUGGGCAGCAUCGAUAGAUUGUCAGGCAGCAAAGCAGAAGUGCGCUUUUCAGCCACAUUGGCACACAACAUACAUGUAGUUGAGCCGUAGUAUUCUCGUACCCAGUGCUCUGGAGUUCCAAGGUCCUCUAUGCACACCAAAACAUAGGUAUCGCAGAUGCUCGGUCGACAUCUUGUUGGUGGAAAGGAGCGCGCAGCGGAAUGGACCCAAGUGCUCGUUCACGAUAGAAGACCUUGUGUCCAGCAUCUCGAUUCUCUCGUGACCGGCCAUGAUGUGUACCAACAACAAGCGACAGACAGAAAGUCGCUCUUCACACGCAUGACAAGUGUGAUGGCCUGCCACGUUCUCCUCGACAACCCGCCGCAGGGAGACGGUGGAGCAGGUC